GAAUCGAACCCCGACAAGUCGCGGUGAGGGGAGAGAAAUUCAGCUGUCAACAUCUAGAAUUUUCGUCUUCAAAAAAUCCACGAAAACUUUAUUAAAAACGUAACAAUUUUCGCGGAUUUUUGUCCUUUUGUUUACUCCGAGACGCGCUGCAUCUUGUAAACUGAUUGUUAUCUGAGUUCUAUGGAUAGUUUGAGAAAACGGAAUGCAUCAGAUGGAGACUCAGGGUUUGACAGUGCACUCAGUUCGCGUUCAUCUUCAAUCAGCUUGGAAGAGUCAAAUGAACUUCUGGAGUACAAGGUUUGUCAGGUGACAGUAGACGACACCUCGCCCUCGCUUCGAAACAAGUUUUCCCACUUACUCGAUUCUCAAGAAGAUAUUAUUCAAGAUGUGUGUACACCGGAGCUGUACAUUAUUCGAGACAGGGUCAGUGGAAGAGAGACUCUGUACAAACCUCCCUCUAGACUCUCUUUCAGUUCAGAACCACAGAUUGGAGAGACCUACUCUGCUGAAGAGUAUGACCGUCACAACACUAUCCCACGCUCUCAGCUCUUCAGCUCUAGGUUACAGCUGGAGCUGGAGAAACAGGUUGCCAAGAUGGAACUCGUCGAGGUCGACCUACUCAUGGACCCUGCACUGGUCCCCCCGCCCAGCCUUGGAAUCCGUGUGAUCGGUGUGAACAUGAUCCAUGGUGUCCCGGACAAGCUGAACAUCUACAUCAAGAGAGUAAUGGAGAACAGCGUGGCUGGGUUGGAUAAUAGGAUCAAAGUUAAUGAUCAUAUUGUAGAGGUGAAUGGAGUUUCACUGGUAGGAGUUUCUCAGAAGCUAGCAGCCGAGGCACUCAGCUCUUGUGCUGUUAAUCCUGAAACUAGCGUAGUUCAUUUUGUUCUUGCUAGGGAGAAAUCGCCGCCACUAAACCUGGAAACUCUUGUGGCGGAUGAGAAUCAAAACCUUCCGCUCUCUUCCGUACCUCAGGAUCAGCCGACUAUAAGGGUAGCAAACCAAGAUCCUAUGGCGGUUAAAGAACCCUUAAUUCCGCCUAUUGAAGGCAAUUCGCCGCCUUUAUUACUCGCUCCCAGUAUGCUUCACUGUGGUGAAUCCACAGCGUUUAUUCCGUUAUCCCCGCUGGAAUCGGAAAUAAGACUGAACUUGACGGAUCUACCUGAAUCCGUCCUUAUCAAAAUUUCUUCUUAUUUGUCGACCGAAGAUUAUAUCAGUCUGAGUAAUGUUAGUGAGUCUUUCUAUCAAGUUCUGGUGAAAAAUCUGAGUGAACUACCGGAACCAGAGUCAAAUUUGUAUCCGACACCAUUGGAUGGCGGAUUAAAUCCUCCAAAUAAAAAUGGUGAUAAUCCCGUCAGCAAAACCCCGCAAAUUCUGGAGAAUGGAAAAUCCUUGAAACAUGGAUUAGAAAAUCUGGGAGAUGAAAAUAUUGGAACUAUGUUGGGGCUUGGCGCAAAGCGACGAAUGGACCGGGUCGGACCUCCCGGAAUGACCCAACAUUUGAUUCGCCCGAUACAUCCUCAAGGACUUCGAUCUUGCAUUUGAUCCUGUGUUGCCCCAGUACCAUCUCAUACUAAUCUGCUGCGGCUCUAUUAUAUGUAGAAACUGACCAAAAAUGCAAUUCAGUCUAAAAUUAUUAAAAUUCUGUGAUCUUCCCUCCCCCGUGGAUUUAAAUUUUUGCUAAGUAUGUAAAACUAUGCCCUGGAGAGCAUUUGUAAACCACAAUUAAUUUAUUGGAUUUUGCUCAAAAAAAAAGAUUCAGCAUCAUCGGAUUGCAAUUAGUUAUUCUUGAUAAUGAAGAGUAUAACGUCAGGUUGACGGAAAGAGCGAAAGCAGUUAUAAAAAAAAAUCAGAAAAAGCAAAAAAAAUACAUAUAACAUAUAAAACCAGAAAAAAAUAUAAUUGUUCCGAAUGCAUGGGAUCUUUGGCGGAGCUAUAUCGCGCCGAAAUACCAUCUAUUCGUCCGUGUAAAAAUCACUCCGGAGAUCUCAAUAUUUAUAAUCCUGAGGUUUUUAAGCUAGUACUGCCGCCAUUAUUGACGCCCAUUUUCUGUAUCGCGGAUUACUACAUUGGCUUUUACUGCCGGGGUUUUAUAGAACCGGAUUACAUGGAUACAUAUUUAUGAUAUAUAUAGCAAUACAACCAAUCAAUCGGAUGCCAAUUUGAACAAAUACAGUUCCGGACUCUGUUCCACUAAGUUGUGAUGAAAAGUUAAAGAAUUAACUCAACCAUAUGAUAAAUAAAUUUGUUAAUCAAUUCUCA